AUGUACUGGAGUAGGCCGCACUUUUUGGGGGGUAGGCCGCACCCCGGGGUGGGAUCCAGCCGACGUAUGGGGGAAGAAAAUUUCGGAUAUUGUUCCCGAAACUUCUACCGUGGAGUUAAGUCCGCAUUUGGAAUGGCUGGGUCGGUAAGAGACGCAAAAAGUCCAAGAAUUUUUAUCAACUUUUAUGGAAAACGGUUCUGGAUAGAGAGGAGAAAAAUAAAUAAAAGCCCCCUUUGUAAAAACUCGAAGAUUCAUACAGAAAUGAGGACCCUCCUUCUGAAGAAAAUCUCUUAAAAUUAUAAUGAAACCCUCAAAUAAAAUCAAAAAAAUUCGAUGUUUCAGAACAGAUGACGCGUUUUUCGAGCUCGACGACGACGAAUGCUCCCUUCCGUCAUCACCCAACUCGCCGAGUUCGACCUCAGGAGUCUCCCUUCCCCUGCCGCCAAAAUCGGCGCCUCCUUGUCCCAUCACCUCGCAGGUUCGAUUGGAGAAAGAUAAAAUGAGAUUAAUGAAGUGAAAUAGUUUUUGAGUGGAGAAAAAAGCUUUGAUUAUUUACUAGUUUGGUAGGAAUUUAUUCAGAGCUGCCAACGGGGCACCCUGGAGCCGCGCAAAACCUGAAAAUGAUGAAAAAUGUAGAAAAUGAAUUGAAAUCUUCCAGAGACUUUAAAGAAUAACUUAUUGAAGUCUUGUUAGGACUAAUUUAGAAACGAGAAGAUGGCUCGUUGGAAACUUAGAAGUAUUUAUUGUAAAAUAGGAGUUUUUUUCGAAAAAGGGAUCAGAAAAGUUCAGUUUUUAAAAUUUUUUAGGCCGGAAUUUCGAUCUCAACAUAAAUAGAGCCGCCUAGAAAACUGCUGUAGUGAUAUUGAGCUGAAUUUUUUGCAUAAAAAAGUGGUUUUGAUGUUGAUUUUAUCUGGAAAAUUUCAUCAAUAACUUGGCCGAAGCGGGCUUUCCUUCAAAUGGAACUCCGAGGUCGAUUCUCUACAAAGAAGGAUCGUUCUCCUGUGAAAAAUCAGGAAGAUGAAAAAUCGAGAAAUCCCAAAUUCUCCCUACAUCUCUUUCAUGAAUUCUACUACUUGUGUGUUAGAAAAAAAAAUUUUGAUUUGAUUGAAUGAUUGAAGUUCCAGCAGCCGACGAUCGCGUGCCAGAACGGCGAUAUCGUGUCGCUGAGCACGACGACAACGCCGACCCUCCACUGCGAUGAUCUGCUGCACACGUGUCGCAUCAUUCCGGCUACGUCGGCUGCGGUUAGUUUUAUGAUCAGAAGUUUAAAAAAAGGUAUAUUGUUCAAAUGAAAAAAAUAGAAAAGAAAGGAGGAAAUGAUUUUUUUAAGAAAUAGUGUUUUUCCCUGUUUUUUUAUUUAUUUAGUUACAAGAUUUAGUCCAUUUGGACGUUUUUUUGGCGUUUCUUAUAGGAAUUAAGAAUAAUGAAAAAAACUUUUUAUUUAUUUAUUUCAGGCUUGAAUGCCAAUUUUUUUCCUUCUUUUUUUGUAUAUGUUAUUUUUUUCUGCCUGUAAAUAAAUAAUAUUAUUAAUGAAGGCCCUAAAGUGGUCACUAGAAAAGCUCAGAAACGUCCGGGAUGCGUCCGGUUUGCGUUACAGAGGUCCGAGCACAAUCAAACCAUUUUUAAAUUUUAGUGAUAUCUAACAUUUUUUUCAAUGAUAUGUUACGCAGGAAAAAAAUCCAUUUCAAUUAAAGGCAUAGGGGCAGUAAAAAACGGUGUUUCAGUUCAAAACAGUACUUUGUAUAGCUUUUCAUUGCGAAUUGAACAGUGAACUUGAAAACGUACCAAACUUCCUAGUUUUGAAGAAAAAAUAAUUCAAAGUCGGAGAAAGGAAAGUUUGAGUUCCCGCGAAAAGGGCGCUUUGCAGUAAAGUUGCUCAAUGGACAACAGGCUUCGCCAAGUUCCGGAUUUUCGCUUUUUUCUUCGUUUCUUUCAAUUUUCAAUUUUUUCUGUUGUCCCCAAAGUUUUUUCGUCACAAAAACUUUCUAUUCAUGUAUAAUUUGCAAACUUUGAUCGCAAAAAUGCUUCUUUGGUGAAAAAUGAUGAUUUUACCCAGGUUUCGAUUGGGAUAGCGAUAUUUUUGUGUUUUUCUUUAUUAUCAAUGUGUGUUUUUUGUUUGACUAAAUGUUUUUCAGAGAAGAAAUCUUUAAUUUGAAGCAGAUAUCCGGUUAUUUCUCACAAAAUGCGAGUCUAAUAACACGUCCGCAACAUCGCGUGCACGGCUACUGUAAUCAGUUGUCUGCAUACCGAUCCAAAGCUUUUUUCAAAAUUAAAGGCGGGAAAGUAAAAUCGCGUUUUUCUUCUAAAGUUGUCACAUCUUUAAUUUUUUUGAGUACACCAUUCGAUUCGCAAAGAAAAACUAUAUAAUAUACUGCUUUCACCUGAAACCCCCUUUUUUACUGCCCCUAUGCCUUUAAAUUAAGAAUUUUUAACUUUUGGUAGAGAAUUGUAUAAUCUUUUUUUGAUUAUUUAUGAGUUUUUCAAAUUUGACUCGCCUUUCUGUAUUCUUUUUAUGUAAAAGAAGUUCCCAUCGAACUAUUUUUUAUUGCAUUAUUGCAUUUUCUAAUGAGUAUUUUAACGAAUCGCAAUAAUUAUGAGUUUGGGAAGUUCCUUGGAAUGAAUACUGUCCUUAUAUCGAAAAGUAAAAAACCAUUUUUUGAUCCUUAAAAAACGACUUGACCAUACUAUGAACCGAGGAAUCUGUCAAUUCUUGCUGCCGUAGUCUAGUCUAGCCAAAAUGAUUGAUUCGGCGAAGCCUAGUUCUCAUUGUUAGCCAGUUUGGCGAACAAUUAUUUGCAGAUUUUUAAUUGGAACAAGCAAAGUUGUUGGAAAAUGGUUAGGACCCGAGAUGAGUAGAACACAGAGAUUGAAAAGAUAUUCAGAUUUUUUUUCGUUUUGAAGGAACCUUUUUUGCUCUUGAAAAAUUCUUCAUUUCAUAAAUUCGAGACUUUUAAAAUUAAAAAUUAGUUCAUUGAUAAUUUUCUCUAUUCUUUUACAAGUUUUUGGAUGAUAUUUUGAAUUGAUGAGUGCAUUCUUGAUGAUAAUGAAGCGGAAAAUUUCACUCAAAUCAUACAUUUUCAUUUUUUUUUUAUCCGUGGAGCGAACGUCCCUUUUUUUAAUCGGCUAUUUCUUCUCAACAGAUUUUUCUUCUGACUGUUCUUUUCUGGUUUUUUAUAUCUCCCCUAGCUUUUACGAUUUUCCCAUCGCCUGGCAUGCCAAUUUGGCGAACAGAUAGUUGACUAUUCACCGAACUUAGGUUUUAUUCGAUUAAAGAAGCUUUUUUUCCUUUUUGGAGCGAAAAUGACUUCUGAAUGAAAUUUUUGUAUGUAUUUUGAUGGAGAAGAUUUGGAAUCGUCAGAAAUAUGCUUUUUUUUCCAAAUUUGCCUGGUUAAAGUAAUUUUUCGACUUGUCAGAACAGAGGUAUGAUUGGAGGGAAAAAAAUCGGUUAUCAGAAAAUAAUAAUCAAAAAAAGUUUGCUCAAUCUGAAAAAAAUCAGAAAAAAAUCAGUGGUUUGAGUAAAAAAAGGGUUCGGAAAACUGACCAGCUUCACAGAAAAAUUUAAUCUGGUCGAGUAAUUAUUUUUUUCUGACAGAAAGUCUGCUAGAGAGAAUUCAAAAAAAUUUUUUUAUUAAAAAAAUAAAUUAUUCUAUUGAAAAAAAAAGUCGACCAGAAAUAAAUUUAGGAAAAGAAUUCCGUCGAGUUCUUUUUUUGAUACAAGGCCCUCUAGAAAUGACACAAAAAAAUUGAGUUAAAUAGAAAAAAAUUGGAAAAAAAAAGGGGUUGAAGUUCAAAAAAAGUCAUUUCGGAAGACGAAGCCCUUCAAAAUUGACCUGGUGAGACUUCUCACAAAAAUCGAAUAUAUUAAUAAUAGUUUAUUCCCUGCGUGUAUUUAACAUUAGAAAAAAAAAUUAAUUCAAUCAAUUUCAUUUUAAAAAAAGUCCGCUAGACAGUCGAACAGGAAAGUCCAUAUUUUUUUGACGUCAUCAGUCGCAAAAAUAAAUUAUGAGUCACUGUAUUGGUCUUUUCCCGGACUUUUGUGCAAAUUCUCUCGGCUCUUUCGCUUCAUUGCCCAUGCGCAUUUUUUUUUUCGAAAACAGAGAAAGACCUCCUUUUUGGACGAUCCAAUGUACACAAAAGUGUUGACCCGUUUUUCGUGGGAUUUUUGCGUGGGAGUCACUGCUUUUUCCCGGUUUUCAGUGUUGCUUUUUCAUGUUUCCCUUCUGGGUUUUUUGAAAGUUUUGAUUCGGUUUUGAUAAGGUUAGGAAUAAUUUGAAGAUCUGAGAGAUGGAAGAAAGUCCAUUAAAUUUUCGAAAUUCUAUCUAACAAGGGCCUUGAACUUCGGUAAAGAAAACCGGACACGCCCCGGACGUCUCUGAGCAAUUCUAGGGGUCACUUAAGAGGCCUGGAGUUGCUAAAGUGGUCACUAGAAAUGAUCAGGGCGUGUUCGUUUCACUUACCACGGCCUAAGGCGGUGCAAAAAGACACAGUUUGAUAAAACUUUACUGAUAUGCUCUCUAGAAAUUUCUGAAUCUAGAAAUUUUGGCUUUUAUUCCAGUUUUCACGUCUUGAUGACGCUAAAAACUUUUUGGGGAGCGCCCCGACGUCUCUGAGCAAUUCUAGGGAUCACUUAAAAGGGCUGGAGUCGCCUAUGCGAUCAGGGCUUCACUGAGACGUCCCCUAAAAAAUUCUGGAUAUAGAAAUUUCACGAAUUUGGCUUUUUUCGAGUUUUAAAGUCUUGAAGACGCUAAAACUUUUUGGGGAAAGCCCAGGACGUCUCUGAGCACUUCUAGGGAUCACUUAAGAAUACUGAAGUCCCUAGAGUGGUUGCUAGAAAUUAUCAGGGCGUGCUCGGUUCGCCUUACCAAGGUCCGAGGCCGGGGAAAAAUAUACAGUUGCAUAAAAUUUCGCUGAGAGGCUCUUUAGAAAAUUCUGAUUCUGAAAAUUUGACGUCUUUUGGCUUUUAGUCGAGUCUUAACGUCCUGAAGACGCUGAAAAAUUUCUAAUUUUGCUCUGAUAUAUUUCUAAUUUUGAGACUUUAUAAUCUGUCUAAAAGGAAAAAGACGUAUAAUUUUCACUUAUUUGGACCAGAAUCCUCAGAGAAAAUUUGAAAAAAGCUUCAAAAUUCGUUUUUUUUUUUUCUGAUACGAGGCAAUUUACUGUACUGUGGGACUGCAUGAUUUUUGAUUAAAAAACCGGUUUCCUGGCGAAUAUCUUUCAAAAGAAGCUUAAAAGUCAAUUUUUAGAUGGUGGCUGUCGCCGAAUGUCGACUCCAACAGUCCUUAUCGACGCCUUGUGAAGAUCCGACGACGAUUCGGAAGGAUUCUGAAUAUCGGCGGUUUAAGGUGGAAGAUUUAGCAAACUUUUUUACGGAAACGGAUUUUUUUGAAUCGAUAGAAAUCAUGGUUUCAUUUUUUUUCAAAGCUUUUGGAAAAAUAAAACGAGAGGAGAACGUGAAUUAUUUUUCAAAUGAUCGUUUUCAGUCGGAAGGCUCAUCGGCUGGAGCAAAUUUGCCCCAAGGCGGCCCAGAUGUCCCCAUUGAGGAACUUUCCCCGAUAGUGGAUCAAAGGCGGAGCACGACUCGGUUUAGCUUGAUGCAGGUGAGGAUAUGGGUGUGAGAAUAAGAGAGAGGGGGAGAUCUAUUUAAAACUUGAGAAAAAAAGUUAGUUUCGACAUGUAACCGAAAACGAUGACUUACAAAAAGAAGAUUUUUUUCAGUUUCCAGCUUCAGUUUCUUUUUAGAAAAGUUCUCAAUUCCAAGCAUUUUUUUGUUUUCGGUCGAACUGAAAGUGCAUAUUUUUGAGAGUUCAUUACUUUUUACAAAAACCAUUAAAAUUCAAGUUUUUCCUAUUUUUAAAGUUCAGAAGUUCGAGUUCAUCCAGAAAUUUCAAUGAGAUUCAGUCGUCUUUCAAAAAAAUUAAUAAUUGUUGAACAUUUUUUUAUUUAUAAAAAAAUUGGACUUUAACAACGUGAAUCUCUCUCAAGAUGGUCAAAGACAAUAUUAUAUUCAAAGGUCGAAGUUGGAAAUUUUCAGCAAGAUUCGGUUGUUUUCAAAAAAAUAGAUAUAGGCUGUUUGCCACGAUUUGAAAUUUCACGGAACGACAUUCCGCUGUUCCACUGCGUGCGUUCGCGAAGCGUCUUUAGAAUCUAGGCCACGCUUUCAAUUGAUUGUUAUGGGAGCACAUGAAAGUAGAGUACCUUAAUGAAAGGAAAAAAAAAAUCAAAAGCGCGACCAAAGUUCGCAAAGACGCACAGCGGCACAGCGGAAUGUCGUUCCGUGAAAUUCCGAGUCGUGGUACACAGACUAUAUUGGAAAGGUCUUCAAAAGUUAUUCACUCCGGAAUUUCCAGCAAGAUUCGGUCGUCCAUCCGGCGCCAAUAACGAAGCAUUCCCACACGGAGCAAGUCACAAUGAUGCACACUUUGAAGACGAAACUAUCCAAGUACCAAAGUUUCGUCGACCGCGCCUUUGAGCUCAUCAUGCAAUCGUCGGACGAGAAAGUUAUUGAGGUUUGAUUCGUUCAAUUUGGCAUACUGUACUUGUAAAUUGUGCAUUCACCGAAGGCGGUUUUUGAGCGAAAGAAGUUUUUUGUGCCUGGAUGUAUUUAUUGAACUUCUUGUCAAUUAAAAAAAAAUCGGAUCGGAAUACUGUAGGGUGAAAUUGUGCAUUCACCGAAGGCGGUUCUUACUCUAACAAAAGUUGCGGUGCACCCCGCGUCGAACCGGCUAUCGGGGUGCACCCCUCGUUGAACUCAGCGCGAUUGGGUGCACCCCGCGUUGAUGUUUUCGGUGCACCGAAAAUUUGAAAACUCGGUGCACCCCUCAGUCAUCUGGAACGAUGUUCCGAAAAAAACGUGUUUUUUCAAAUUUCAAGUUACGAAAUUUGAAGUUUUCAUUUGUUUUUUUAUUUGUUUUAAUUUAUUAUCACUCGCUUUUUCGUGUUUUUUUCUAUUAUUCGAUGUUUUAACAUUACUAGUGAGUUUAUGGAAGUAGUUUCAUAUGAGUUUCUUCUUAUUAUUAUUAUUCUUAUUGGCAAAUGUUUUUGAGACAUUUUUUUGAAAUACAAAAUUCGUUGUUUAAUUAUAUUUUUUUCGAUCGCAAACUUCUGGAAAUGAUGGAUAAAAAAAGUAAUCUUGCUUCCAAAAAGCUCAUGUAACUUUUUGAAUUGAACAUUUCGAAUCGGUUUUUUUAUUCCAACCUUUUUUUGAAGGUUUUUUUGUUCAAUUUAGUCUAAAAAAAGCUGUAUUGAACAUUUCAUUUUUUUAAGUUGUCAGGUAAUCAAGGCUUGCGCAUUGAUUUUUGCUAAAUAGUUCGCUGGAAAAUGCUUUUUUUGAGUCUUUCAAAUGUGCAGAAAUCUUGCAAAGCCAAAAUUAUUUUUUUGCCUCGACAUAUUUUUUUCAAUUUUUUUCGAGUCCAGCAAGCAAUUUUUUUGAGAAACUAUCAAAAUUAAAAAAACUAUUGUAGAUUUUUAGUUGAAAAAAACGGUUUGUUCUUAAAAGUAAAUAUUUUUUUAAACUUAUUUGUUUCGCUAACUUUUUCGCGAUUAUUUGUGAUGCGUUUCAGGUUCAUUUGAAGAGAAUAAAUUUAUGACCAUCGAGGAAGAGAGAGAAAACGCAUAUAAUAUGAAGGUAAUUUUUUUAAAGCUUUGCAUUUUAGUUUUGUAUUAAUUUCAGAUAGCCGUACGACUUGAUCCUGAUUCAUGACAAACAGAAGGAGUGCAGUCGAAUAAGGGGAGCAGAGUAACUUAGCCGUUACUUUUUUUAUUCUUUUUGUUUUUGUUCUUUAAUAGCUGAUGAAAAGUUUGAAUAGUUGACAUUGGAAGAGUUUGUCCUUUUUUUAGCAGACGAAAAAAAUUAAAUUUUUUUAAGAGCGCGUAGUUUGAAAAAAAUAAUUGAUUCAUUUUUGAACUGACUAUGCUAGUAAUCUUCGCGAAUUUCGUCGAAAUAUACCAGGGAAUGGUCUCUAGUCGCAGUGGGGCAUCGGAAUGAGACCAAGUUUUUCUAGACAUAGUUUUUUUCACGCUUAUCAAAAAAAUCUGGUUUUCGAAAACGGUCGCGGAAAUUUGGGAAAUAAGUUAUGUACCCUCAAAAGUCGAAAACUUCAUUUUUCCCCGAUUGCGCUCAUUUUUUGGAGGUUAUAGAUCUUGUCCCUUUGACAACAUAAAACCAAUUACUGUUUUUUUCAAAAAUUUUUGAAGCCCAGAUAUGAGAAAACCGCGCGCGCGCAUUCUCUUAUCAUGUGCGGAGCUUUAGAAUACGCCCAAAGUUUUUUUUUCGAAAAUAAAAGCUUUUUUGAGACCAGAGGGUCAAGAUCUAUAUGUCCUCCAAGAAUAAGCUCAAGCGGAGACAGUGAAAUUAUCCGCUUUGAGGGUCCGUAACUUUUUCCCAGACAUCCGCGAUAGUUUUUGAGAACACAUUUGGAAUCAACAUUGACGAACUCGCAAACACUAGGUUCUACUCUCUCGCCGGUUUCGCAUUUUUCUGGGCGCGAGCUCGCAUUUCUCUCGCAAUUUGAAAAUGUUCGAAAUGCAAGGUCGCGCCGAGAAAAAAAUGCGACAUUUUUUUGCGAGUUUGUCGAUAACCGCCAGUGUAUCGCGUUUAUCUUGGCAGUUAUUCUUAGUGAAUAUGUUUAGAGAAGGCUUAACGUGAAGUUGGCACAAGUCAAAAGAUCAAAUUGGACAACUUAUCCUUUUUCAGCUUUUCCGACGUUUUUUAUUCACAUCUAGCUCGCUAUGAAAAUAAUUUCCAUCUUUAAGUAUCGUUCGAAAAAAAGAGAAAACAUACUGACAAUGUUUUAAAAAAAUUUGAACACACGUUCUCCGAAAUUUUCGAAUAUACGUUGGUGAUAAUUUUUGAUGAAUAAUUUUAAAAGAUUUUUUUAGCUGAAGUUCAUAUCAAAGAUACUAUGCAAAAUUUUUUUAAACUCAUGUAAACAAGUACCGAAAAGCUCCGUAUAAAAAAAUUUAGUGUAUAAAAAAAUCAAGGCCAUCUGAGGUCCCGGUUUUUUUAUAGAGCUAUAACAACUGCGGAAGUCGUCAUUUUGCCAACACAAUUGAUGUUUCCAAAGGACAUUUUAGAAGCAGAAACGCUUUACGAGGAAAAAAAGUUAGCUUCUUACAGUAAUUUUGUCUUAGUAGCUCUAAAAAGUGUGCGGAGCGUUUCGGUGCCUGAAAUAAAAAAAGGUUUAAUAGUAUGUGAUAUGAAUUUAUGCUCAAAAAAAUCAUAAUUUUUCAAAAUUAUUGUACCAAUUAAUUUCCCAGUUCAUAAAAUUUCUCGGAAAUCAUGUGUUAAAUAUUACCAGUCAACUUUGUAAGUGUUAUGAAGCCUGUUCUGUUUUUUUGCCUAAUUUUUCUUCAGUACUAUCCACUCUUUCUGUUGUAUUCUCUUAUUAUUCAAUUUCUUUCUCCUGAUUUAAUUUUUCAGUUUCUAUCAAUUUUUUUCGAUUUAUGUCUACUUUUUUUAACAUGCUCUCACGAUUUUUGGUCUAAAGUUGGCUAGAUGCUUAGAAAAAAAAGGGGAGAAGGCGCAGAAAACAGCUCUAGAGACCUUUUUUUCUUUCUCAAAUUUUUGUAAACGUUGUUAUUUUUUUCUUUAUAAAUCUUGUAAAUGAAAUUGUCUAUCCUCGAAUAUUGUUCAAAUUCCCUAUUUAUUCGCUGUAAUUUUUUUGUUUUUAUUUUUGUUUCAUUGUCUUAUUAUGUGAUUUAUCAUUUAAUAAAACAUAUAAAUUGAAAAAGUGGUCUCAAUUGAUGAUAUAUAUGGGAUAUAGAAGUAUAAAGGUAUUUUUAAAAAGUGCAAGAAGCAAAAAAAUUGAAAAAAAUGAGGAUUCGGUGCACCCCGCGUUGGACUUUUCGGUGCACCCCUGGUUACACUGCGGGGUGUACAGGAGAGUUCAACGCGGGGUGCACCGCAACUUUUGUUAGAGUAAUCAUCAAAAAAGGGUUUUUGUAUGAGAAAUAUGAAUAUUUGAAGAAAUACAAUAGGAACGUCCAGAGAACUGAGUUUAGUAUAAGAAAAAGUUUUCAAAAAUGCCAGAAGUUUGAAAUUCGGCCAAGUAGGUCUUCCUUACAGGAAAAAGCUAGUGUUUUUGAAACUUUGAAAAAAAGGCACAUUUUUGGCGUACUGUAGGUGGAAACAGUGUAUACACCGAAGGCGGCUUUGAGGCGUUUGGACAUUUAUAAAAUUUUUUUCAUAAAAAAAAGUAAAAAGUUUGAAGAAACCACAACUGAACAUGUAAGAGACUGGAAUUUAGCUCAAAAAGGUCUAUAAGAAAACAAUUUUGAAAUAUUUAGGGCUGCACAAUAAUCGCCAAACUGAUGAAGAAGGCCUGGACGACGCCGAAAGUCUCCCAUGACCUAUCAUCCGCCCUCUGCGAUUACUUGCGGGAUCGUGAAUAUUUCGACAAGCUCAUCAAGCUGUUCAUCGGCUCGGCUACCUGUGAACCAGGUGAUUUUUCAAAAAUUUGAAGGUUUUGAAAUAAUAAAUAAAGUUUCUAAGCUUGAAGUUUUUUUGAAAAAAAGUGAUAAAGUUGUUAAAAGAAAGACACAGUUUCUCCUAAAAAAAUGAGGUUUACACUGCCCAACUUAUACAUAAAGAUCAAACGAAACUUCAUUUUUAUACCACAAAAAAAUUAUUUGAGCACUUUUUUUCAAAUCUUGGCGAGAGCUUCCAAAAAAAUGAUAACACUUUAAAAAGGGAUAAAUUUGAAGUAGGGAAUUUCACUUAAAAAAAUAAAAUCCUUCCUUAACAAAAAAACUGAAUUCACACUGGAAAAAGAUAUUUGAGUUUCAGCAACAAUUUCCAAAUCUUAUUUUUCAAACAAAUUACAAAAAAACAGCUCAAUUCGCAAAUGAACGAUUUUUCAUCAAAAAUCUUCAUUUGGUCAUUUCAAUUCUUUUCAAGCCUUUUCAGAGUUCGGAAAUCCUUAAAAAUGUGAGAAUGUUUUCAAAAAAGAUGGGGAAAACUCGAGUUUCUUUUAUUUUUUCAAAAAAAUAACUUUUUUUUGACUCACCACAACGUUUUCUGACCUGUCUGACCUUGUAGAUCAAAUCUUUAUGAUUGACUUUUUUUUCGCGCUCUCUUUUCGACUUAUUAUUAUUAUUUUUUCUGUAAAUUGUGAAAUUAUUCAAGUUUUUCCAGUACGACUAGCAUGUGGGAAGGUUCUGGAGGAGUGCAUGUCGAGCAGCAAUCGGGACUUCAUCGUUAACAAGGUGAAAUACGUUUCCGAAAAGUUAUUUAAAGUGAGAUUGGUUUUUUCCAGCGAUAGCAUUUUUUUACUCAGGUCUAAAACAGGAAGAUAAAAAAAGAGCUUUUUUUGAGAUUUUUUGUUGAUUUUUUCCUUCAACAAUUUUUUUUUCAAGUUAUGAAAUCCUUAUAUUUUGGAUUUCAGGGUCUUUGAAAGAUGCAGCAUCAAAAAUAAUCCAAAAUUCGAUAUUUUCUCACUGAUUUUCUUCUAUAAAUCUUAGUUCCAAGCUAUAUUUUUUUCCUGAACUUCAAAAAAAUAUGUUCAAAAGCCUUACUGAAUUUUUUUCAAAUAAAUAUUUUUUUCAGAAAUAUAUUUUUUUAAGAUAAACAAGGUUCUCGAAGCUGAAGCGUUGAAAUAAUCGUAAAUUUCAAAAUUUUCUCUAAAAAUGUUAAUUCGAAGUUGUUUUAUACAGUAUCCCAACAGGCAAAAAAGCCCCAAAAAAAAAGAGAAAAAUAUUUUUUUUUAGUUUAUUAUUUAAAAAUGCUAUAGUUCUGUAUUGAAAUCGAUCUUUCCAGAGCUAUAUGAAGAAAAUGAUGGGAACGGCGAUGAAAUUGACAAAAAACCCGGACCAACAACGGCUGAGUUUAUCACUUAUGGAAAGCCUCUUCAAACACAGCAGUGUGACGUCUUUGAGGUAAUUUUUUCAGCUUUGAGCAAUAUUUUCUCAAAAAGUAAAGUUUUUGAGGUGGAAUAAUGUCUGGGAAAUUCCUGGCCAACUUUCAAUGGAUUCCUUCCUCGUGACUAUUUUCGCCUCCUACUAGCACAAAAUUUAUCACCGAAACAAACCCGGAAAUGUACUUUUUGUCUCACUCAACAGCAGAACAAAAACCCGUCCGAAUCAUUUUGCGCCUCAGUAGUUUUCCAUGUAAUCUGUGUCUGUGGUGACAUUCGAGGGGAACACGUUUCCUUUGGGGGGCCUUUUUUGGCAAAAGUUCAAAGGCAGAAGCCGCGCGGCGGGACUCAAGAAUGUCACGUCGGCUUUUUGUUAAGAUAUUGGCGGUCAUGUGCGUAUCAUCUUGUGAUUUUUUUGGAAAGCUUGAUUUUUACACUCACAAGGGAGGUCAUUUUGCUGGGAGAUUCUCGAAAAUUGGCCAGAACAUUCCUUGAUGUACCAGAGAAGGGUUCUGGAAGUCUCAAGCUCCUCAACUUCCUCAUUUUCGAGUAAUAAAGGUUCAAAGCCCUCAUUUUGCCUUUUUGAACGUAUUUUAGGCCCAAAAUGACCUAUUUUAACGGAUUUUGAGGGGUUUUUUUGACUUUGAGGUGUCCUUUAUCGAAAAACGAGGGUCGAGUCUUUCAGGAUCUUUUUGCAGGAAUAUUCGGGCGAUUUCUCAGUGGCAAAAAAAGACUUGUAGAGUUAUUAUUCUUUUGAAUUUUUGUCUAUGUUUACUCGGAAAACGGAAAAGCUCACUAAAAGCUUAAAAAAAUGUCUUCCAAGGGCCCUCACAAAGAAAGUCAUUUAACUUUGAGAUUAGGAUUUCUCUGAAAAUUGGCCAGAAUGCCCCCUGAUGUACCAGAAGAAGGUCAUAAAAGUCUCAACCUGCAAAAAUUUCCUCUUUUUUGAGAGAAGACGCCUCAAAGUCGAAGAAAACGCUCAAAAUCCAUUAAAAUGAGCUUUUUUGGGCCUCCUUAUUUCUGUAGAACUAGAAAGGUGUGCAGUUUGAAACUUUCAGAAUCUCUUUCUGGUGCAUCAAGAAAUAUUCUGGCCAAUUUUCAGGGGGUUCCUAAAUCAAAACGACUUCCCUUGUCAACUUUUUUCAUCCUUUAACGAAAAGAUUCUGUAAGAGAACUAAAAAAAGGCUCCAGGAAGUUCAAAAAUGCCCCUUUGAGGCUCUGAAAAAGGUGCUCAAGAACUUUUCCUCGUCGAUUUUGGGGCCGUAAGCCGAACCUUUUCAGCUUUUUAAGAGCCUUCAGCGAACCUUUUCAGCAUUUUCUAAAGGUCCUUAAAGGAAAUUUUGUCAUUUUUUCCUAUUAAAAAAGUUAGCCUCAACAAAAAAAAAGAAGAAGAACGUUACUUUUCCCUGUCUUGGACUGUGAAACAAAUUCAUUUUCUUUACAGUCUGAUCGAAUUCGGAGUACUGGACCACAUCCUCCUCACGUGCAAAAGGGCGACUGGAACUCCGGAUACACUUCGACAUGCGGCAUUGGCUUUGGCCAACCUGGCCCUCUACACCUGUUCCGAGGGCAAAAAGAAGAUCAUCCAGAAGAAGGUACAUUUUUAUCAUUUUUGCUGAAUUUUUAGAAAAUUUCGAUUCUUACAGUGUUUCUAAGGUCGAAAAUAAGUGGUUUUGAUAUAUCAGCCUUGUUUAAAAUUGAUUCAGUUAUAGUUAUCUAGUACCUCAAUUCAUGCCGAAACGACUAAAAAAGCUUUGAUCGUCUAAUUUUAAUGUUUGAAGAAAAAAAAAUGGAAAGAACAAGUUUAUAGCCUUUAGCUUCAUAAACCUUAAAUGUAGGCUUUUUUAAAGCCAAUUUUCAGAUCUAGGAAAGAAUUCCUGAAAUUUCGAAGAAAUCACAUUUUCUACAUUGAUCAUCCAAGUAACAGAAGGCGUUGAUGGCCUGGAUUUGAAUCAUUUUUUGAGAUUUUUGAGAUUAUUUUUUGAGAAUCUUUGAGAAAGUUUUGCUUUAUUCAGAACUGUAGAUAAUGGUGGCGUUGAUCAGAAGUUUUCCACUGAAAUUAUGAAUUUUCCAAGAUUUAUGCUCUAGGAAAAAGAAUCCUGAACCUAAAAAAAAAAGGUGAAAUCCUAACUUAAUCAUCCUAGUGAAGAAGGACUGGAUUAUAAUCAUUUUCAAGAGCAUUGUUAGAAAAUUUUUUCGCUUUAUUCGGAACGGUAGAUCAUGAUGGCUAGGUCAGAAAUUUUCAGCUAAAUUCAUAAAUCCUUGGAAAAAGUAUGUUCCCCUUUCUGCCCGACAUUACAUUUGAACCAUGUUUUUUUUUCCCUUUUCAUCUCUUCCUCCAUAAUUCCUAUCAUUAUCUCAAACCCCCAAAUAGAAAAAGAUUGUACCAUUUCGGAAAAGCCGACAGUGUCUGACUUGUAUUUGACGAUGUGAUUAACGUUGUGUCGGGCGGCGGCGCUAAAAGGACACAUUAUGGUCUGGAAAGGGUUCAACACAACCUUUUGUAGCCAUCUUGUAGCCUAGUUCUUGUGAUUUGUGUAGUCUCUAUGCGGGUUGGAGUUUUGGAUACUUUGUGAUUUUGAAUCAAAGAAUUUUGAAGCACUUGAAGAUAUUAAAAGAAGGUAGAGAUUUACAGCGUUUCCGAAAUGGAAGUUGGACCUUCUUUUUAAUAAACUUGAAGUUUUUUCGAGAAACAGUUUGUAGAUGAACAGAUGUUUCACUUUCAAUAACUUUUGCUAAAAGUUUUUUAACUCUCAUACAGAGGGUGUCAUUGAUUCCAUUGUUUUUCGACAAUUUGUAGCUUGGUCCUUGUGAUUUCUGUAGUCUUAAUGCAGGUUGAAGUGUUGGAUACUUUGUGACUUUGAAAAAAAAUCUUUCGAAGCGAACUUGAAAAAUUAAAAGAAGAAAGAGAUUCCAGGCAUUUUUCGUAAUGGAAGUUGGACCUUCUUUUUAAUAAACUUGAAGUUUUUUCGAGAAACAGUUUGUAGAUGAACAGAACUUCCAGUUUCGAACAAUUUUGCUAGAAGAUUUUAUUAUUUUCAUUUUUUGUAGCCAUUUUGUAGCCUAGUUUUUGUGAUUUGUGUAACCUGGAUUAAAGUUAGAUCGUGAAAAAAAUCCUGUAAAAAAAGUUAGAGUUUUUUUCAAUUCAACUUAGAUCUGUAUAAUGUAUUAAACUCGAAGGUGGAAAGCAUCAAAAGAACACAAUUUUUCGAAUAAAAAGUUUAAAAUCUACAGUUUACGUACUGUUAAAGUUCGGAGUUCACAGUUUACGUAAAAUUUCAGAAUCUACAGUUUACGUACUGGUCAAGUUCAACAUCCGAAGUUAAUCCCCAUUUGUUUUCAAAAAUAAUAAUCGUUUCCUGUUUUCGCUUACCGCUCCUCUUGACCUUAUCGCUUUACAACAGAAACGAAAAAAUGACCUUUUUCAGGGUUUGAACUCAAACUUUUAGCUUUCAGUCUUCGAUUUCAUAGUUGUUGAUUUAUUUAAAACAGAGAUCAGUUAAAUGAAAAAAGGCCUUUUAUCUCGGAAAGUUUCACAAAAUCAAGAAGAAAAUGAGAGAAAAAUUUUGAAUCUGGCUGUUUUUUUAAAGCUAAAUAGCAAGUCAUUUGAAAAAUGAAUGCCUUAGUCAAUUUUUGACUAGCUGUACUUUAAAUUUUGUACCUUGAACUUCAAUUUAUGAAAAAUUACUAAGAUAAGGCUACGGACUAAUCAACUCAUUUUUUUGUUCCAAACUUCAAAGUUCUUUUUUUGAACUUCUCAAAAAAAGUACUCAUAAAAAUUCAGAUUUUUGAAACAUUAAAAAAACUUUUUAUAGUGAGGAAUUCCGAAUCUUUCUCAAAAAAAAGUUAAAGGAAGGUCUUUGAAAGUUUUUCAAUAGCUCAAAAAAAUAAAGAUUUUUCUAAUCUUUUUUUAACUUUUUAACUUUCAGUUUUUUUAAAAAAAGUUUCAAAAAAAGGGCUGAUAUUUAAAAGUCUGGAAGCUAAGGCUACAAGAAAGCCCAAGAAAAAACAGAUCGAGUUGAGAAAAAGGAGAAAAAAACUGCUCAAAAGGUUCUCAGACGUCUUUUAGGAAAAUUUUUCAGUGGAACCUGAAAAGUUCUUUCCCCAAUUGCCAAUGUUUCAUUGAAAAAAAACCCCCCAAAAUCAGACCAAAAAGCAAAAACGAACAGCUUUUCGACUCUUUUUCGGACCACGUGACUAGAGAGAUCACUUGACACAAGACUGGGUGUGUGACGGGUCGAACGACCGUCUGACUGAUAUGUUUUUUUGAGGGUUUUGAGCGGAUCAAUUUCUGUUUUUUGUGGUUGACUCGCCGUGGGCGGCGAGUUUUUAGAUCAGAGAACUCGAAUUUUGGGCCUGAAUAAUCGAUUUUCAAGAUUUAGUCUUGAAAAUAUCAUAAAAGGAAUAUCUUUGAAAAAUAUGAUUUGAAGGGAAUUGCCCCUAAAAAGGUCUUGUUUUUGAUUCUUUGGUGUUAUUGAUCUUUUGAUCUGUAACGUUUUCAAAGACACAACCCACUCAAAUUUUCAAUAGCUGAUAAAUAAGCCUUCCUGAUACCGUGUCGCUGAAAUUUUCGAUAGGACUGUUUUAGGCCUAUUUAUUUCAGAAAUUGAUAAGAUUAUUUUAUGAGGGUUUGUCAUUGAAAAAAGAGGUCUGAAAAUUUAUUUUCAUUCUUUUUUUUUUCCUAUUGACAAGAGGAGAAUGAUCAAAAAAUGCGCUUAAUGGAGAACUUUUGAAAUUCAAAUUUUCCACGACUCUUUCAAAAUUUGAAGUCCAAUAGCGCGCAAAUGAGCUUUACAACCAAGCCUUAGAUUUUUAGAAUUUUUUUCAGAAAAAUACCCGAAUUUUUUUCAAAGAAUAAUUAACAAUCAUAGUUAUAGUUCUGAAUGAAAAAAAUUAUCAGAAUUAUUUUUGAAAUUCUGAAAAAGCUAGGGAGGGUAAACUUCAGCUCAAGGGAAUAUCCUGGAAAAAAAGAGAACCUUUUUGCAAAAAAAAGUACUGUUUUUGGAUAUUCCCGUUAAAAGGUCACGAGAGAGACCACUGAAGCUUUAACGAGUUUUUUUUGGUUUUUUUAAAAUCACUUAUGUGAUCACUUGAGCUUGGAUCAAAAAAUUUUUUUUCUUGAAAACUUUUGAUACCCAUAAUAAGUUGCUGUAGUGGUCACUUGAGCUUCGAAGUACUUCCCUUUUUUUUCCAGAAUUUCAAACGUACUUUUGCAUUAUCAAAAAGGCACCCCUCCCCUUUUUUUAGUACAUGAGAGCCUAGAACAACAUGUAAAACGUGUAGGAAGGCAAUCUGGAGUUUCUCAAAACAAUGUGUAGGUCAGCGCCGAUGAAUCGUCAAAAACAACGGACUAAAAAUAGCCGAGAAUUUGACCGAAAUACCAUGAGAAAGAACCGGAAUUUUUUUUAGUUAGGUACUUGUUUGCAAAGAAAAAUUUGGGGGGCUCCUUUUCUUUGAACUUUAGUGGUUGUCACAAAAGUUCAAAGGAUCAAGGUGUUUUCGAGAGAUCGGUCCUGUCACGAAAAAAUUGAAAAAUUCGAGAAGAGCUGAAAGAAAAUAAGCUACUCGAAAAAUCGUGGUCGCACGUGGAAUGGCUCGCAAUUUAAAUUGAAGUCAUGAGCGGCUUUUUACCAAGUUUUUUGGUAAAAAACGAGCUUUUAUAAAUGUCCUAUCACCUUAGAGCCCAUUGCUUCAGUUAUUAUGAAGCUUUCUUUGAACUGCGCCUGACCUGAAGCUACUUUCGCCCAGAAACAUUGGAAAGCCUUGGACAAGAGGGUUUGACAAAAAAAAACUUCCAAAAAAUGCUCCACUAUCGAGUAUUUUCCAACCGCAACGCGACCGUGACGCAAUGAGCCAUUCCACUUGCCAGCUGAUUUGUUUCAUCGUAACAGACUAGAAAAACUAGUUCAACUGAAAAAAGAUGGUUCCUGGAGAGAUUGACUGUAACUUACUUAUUAUUCAUAGAAAUUUCUUCUUUCUUGGAAUUUGUGGAACUUUUCUGAGAUUCUUGGUUCUUGGAAAAAAAAGAUCAUGGCGUCAAAAAAAUGGAUUAUUAUCCAUUUUCAGGUACCCGACUGGCUGUUCCUGUUGGCAAGUCAACCCGAUGACCUGACUCGAUACUACGCCUGCCUCGCCAUUUGUAUGCUUGCCAGUAGCAAGGUAAUAUCAUUUAUCAUCUUGAUUAAGAGAGUGACCCGUUUUUAAAGAUUUUUGUGUAAAAAAUUACCUUGAAAAAUGGCUUUUCCUUACAAGGAGGUCAUUUUACUUUGUACCCUGGAAUUUUCUGAAAGAAUAUCCUUUGAUAUACCCAGGGAAGAUUCUGAAAGUUUCAACCUGCAAAAGUUUCUAGUUUUUGAGAAAAACGUCUUCAGAAGCUUGUAAAGAAGGCGUUUUUUUUGGCCUUAUUUCGUGAAUUCUUUGAAAUUGGCUAUAUUAAGCGUUGUACCCUGGAAUUUUCUGAAAGAAUAUCCUUUGAUAUACCCAGGGAAGAUUCUGAAAGUUUCAACCUGCAAAAGUUUCUAGUUUUUGAGAAAAACGUCUUCAGAAGCUUGUAAAGAAGGCGUUUUUUUUGGCCUUAUUUCGUGAAUUCUUUGAAAUUGGCUAUAUUAAGCGUUUCAGAACCUUUUUCUGGCCAAUUUAUUUCCUGAGAAGAAAAUCCAGGUGUAUAUGUGACUCUUGCUACUAUUCUCUGCAUUAUCUUGGCCUCGAAUCGAAGAAAAAAGUGGUCAAAACAGUUGGGUAAAAUGAGGACGCGAAAACACGCACUGCUGCUGCUGCUGCUGUUGUUCCGAUGGGCUUGAACUUUGGAGGAUCUCCGAUCAUUCUUUCAGUAUUUUUUGAAGGAAAUUGGAUUGGAAAAUGAGUAUCUAGAAUUCAAUUUUUUUUAGCAGGGGUUCAAUUUAAGAAGAUGAUUCUAGAAGAAGUGAAUUUUGAAAAAAAUUCUCUUUUUGGCGUUUUCAGUUUCAAAAAUACUUGUCAGUUUUACCCAACUUGCCGUGACUUGAAACGCCUUGGCCGCAUGUAGAAUGGCCUAGCGCGCAUGAAGUUUAGAGCCCGACCAAAAACGGCUUGCGCCCGGUCAUAGAGAUUUGUAAAAACAAGCAGCUAAGAGUGAACCAUUCCAAAUGCGACAGAGGGGUUUGGGAUCGUGGUGAAGGGCGUAUAUUUCGAGAAAAAAAAAACCCUUUUCGCGGUUCUAGUUUCAAAAAUUCUCAGAUUCAGUUUCACAUCUCAGAUUCAGUUUCACACUUCACACACCUUUCCGUGACUUGAAUAUUGCCGUGGUCGCACGUAGAAUGGCCUAGAAUGGGUGAAGCUAUUUUGGAAAAAAUCGGACCAGAAACGGCUUUCGCCCGAGAUCAAAGAAAAGUGAAAAAUUGAGCAGCUGAAAAUGAACCAUUUAAAAUGCGAAAGAGGUGUUUGGAGUCGUGGUGAAGGGCGUAUAUUUGAAAAAACCCCUUUACUGGCGAUUUUAGUUCAAAAUCUCAGAAUCGAUUUUACUUUACUUCCCAUGACUUGAAACGCCAUGGUCGCACGUAGAAGAACCUAGAGCGCCUAACAUUAUUCUGAGACGAACCCGACUCAAAACGGCUUGCGCCUGAGGCCAUAGAUAAGUGUAAAACAAUCGGCUAAAAGUGAACCAUUCUAAAUGCGACAGAGGGGUUUGAAAUCGUGGUUAAGGAAGUAUAUUUUGGAAAAAACAUCUUUCAGCGGUUCUACUUUCAAAAAAUCUUGAGAUCAGUUUUUCACAACUUCCCGUGACUUGAAUAUCACCGUGGUCGCACGUAGAAAAACCUAGAGCGCCUAACAUUAUUCUGAGAGGAACCCGACCAAAAACGGCUUGCGCCCGAGGCCAUCGAAAAGUGUAAAACAAUCGGCUAAAAGUGAACCAUUCUAAAUGCGACAGAGGGGUUUGAAAUCGUAGUGAAUGGCGUAUAUUUGAAAAUACCUCUUUCCGGGGUUUUAGUUUAAAAAAAUCUCAGAUUUAGUUAUACUCAACUUCCCGUUACUUGAAAUGCCUUGGCCGCAUGUAGAAUGACUUAGAGCGCCUCUGAGACGAACCCGACCAAAAACGGCUUGCGCCCGAGGCCAUAGAGAAAUGUAAAACAAUCGGCUGAAAGUGAACCAUUCCAAAUGCGGCAAUGUUGUUUGAAAUCGUCGAAAUCGAAUUAAAAUUUGCUCCAUUGAGAUUUUUCAGGAUCUCGAAUCGGCAGCCUCGAAAUCGGGAACUCUGGCCUUGGUGGAACCUUUUCUGCUCUCUCAAAACCCGACGACUUUUGCCCAAGAUCAUUACAAACACUCGCAAGGACGGCCCAAAGAAUGGCUUAUGAGGUACGGAAUUCAAGACUUUAAAAGCAUUACAAGGUUUAGUGGGGCUUUUUUGUAAGCUUUUUGAGCUUCGAUGGUGAUUUGGGUGUUUUUAGACAGAGGAAGAUGCAGCAAAAGAAAAAAAAAAAAUGAUGUCUUGAACGUGUAAAAUUUAUUGAAAAAUCAGAAGAAUUUCUUAGAUUGUACCAUCCUAGCCCACCAUAAAAAAAUAAUACUGAAAUUGUCUCGAAAUUCGAAAAACGAGAUAUUGAAAAAUUUUUCGAAAUGUUUUUUAUAAGUGAUAUGAAGCUGGGGUACUUAAAACUUGAACGAACCUCGAUUUUCAAUUUUUUAAAUAUUUUUUUUUACGAGUUUCAUGACUUUUCCCUUUUCCCAAAACCUCUAUUUUCACAAUUUUAGCACCAAAGAUUCGGAAAAAGUCCACAAAAAGAACAACUGACAAGUCAUACACGAUGCCCUCCAAAAAUAGAACUGAAACUUCCGUCCUCAAAUAAAUAAUCUCGGCCUAUAUUUGGCCCUUUAUCCAUCCAUUUUUGGCGGUCCCUAAAUGAUCUCUAUUGGAAGAAAAUACCGGUUUGCACAGUGAAUAGGAGAAGACCGUGGGAAAAAACCCGAUUCUAUUUUGGACCCCAUUCUAAAUAUGGAGAGAAGAGAUGAGAGAGAGAAAAGACGUCUUCUCUCUCAGACCACAUCUUCAAAAGUCGACGACGUCACGUGUCUUCUGAAAGACCAAUCUUUUACCGGUUCUAUCUGUCAUUUAUCACAUACGCCGUAUUGAUCUAAUUUCGGAGAUCUGGUUUUGAUAUAUGAUAAGAUUUUCGGAGAGAGACGCGACGCGACCGCAUCAUGAUGAUGGAACCGUCUCGCGACCGCGGGCGCGUCGGAAUAUUCUGGGUGAUCUGAUGGUUUCUGGCUGGGAGAGAUGAACUUGAAGAUAACUCCCCAGAAAAUUUGAAAGAAGAUUGAAGAAGAAGCCGCGACGCGACCGCAAACGCUUCUGGAUAGACAAAAAAAGACGCAGAAAGGGCUCAAAAAAAAGGAAGGUACUGAGGAGAGCUUAAAAGUGCUACGGAGCCAAUUGGAGACGUCCUGAAAAAUUCAGUGCUUCUUGGAAAAAAUAUGAAAGCCGCGACGCGACCGCAAACGCGUCUCAAACUGUUGAAAAGACAGUUAGGAUUCUGAAAAGUUUCCAAAAAAAGAUGAAAAUGCGACAGGAUUAGAAAGACUUCAAAAAGAGAAGCUAGAACCGCAAAGAAGGUACUGAAGAGAGCUCAAAGUGCUACGGAGCCAAUUGGAGGUGUUCUAAAAAUGUCAGUGCUUCUUCGGAAAAAUAUGAAAGCCGCGACGCGACCGCAAACGCGUCUGGAACGGUUGGGAAUUGGAUUUUUUCCUGUUCAUGUCAGGCAAAAAUAAAUCCCAACCCAUGGAUUUGAAGAAGAGCCUGAAGCCGUGACGCGACCGCGACGCGCCUGAAGACAUUUUGAGGACACUUUUGAGCUCAGAGUUAUUGUUAAACCAACUUUUAAAAGUUCAGUCCUCUUUCUAAAAAUCAUUGAAGUCGCAAAGGCGUUUGAAGAAGCUGAGACAUUUAUGAGCUCUAAAGUGGAAUUUGAAAAGUUUUAAGGACUUUAUAUUUUUUCGAACGGUCACAGAAGCCGUUACGCGACCGCAAACGCGUAUGGAGGAAUUCGAUGAGGCUUUUCAGCUGGUAUUUGAUCUUGGACACUCCAGAGGUCUAUUGAAGAUUAUAUUCUUCCAAAAAAAAAAAUCACACCAGGAGCCGCGACGCGACCGCAAACGCGUAUGAAGGAAUUGGAUGAAGCUCCUCAGCUUAUAUUUGAUUUUGGACACUCCAGAGGUCUAUUGAAGAUUAUAUUCUUCCAAAAAAAAAUCACACCAGGAGCCGCGACGCGACCGCAAACGCGUAUGAAGGAAUUGGAUGAAGCUCCUCAGCUUAUAUUUGAUUUUGGACACUCCAAGGCUCUAUUGAAGAUUAUAUUCUUCCAAAAAAAAAAAUCACACCAGGAGCCGCGACGCGACCGCAAACGCGUAUGAAGGAAUUGGAUGAAGCUCCUCAGCUUAUAUUUGAUUUUGGACACUCCAAGGCUUUAUUGAAGAUUAUAAUCUUCCAAAAAAAUCACACCAGGAGCCGCGACGCGACCGCAAACGCGUAUGAAGGAAUUGGAUGAAGCUCCUCAGCUUAUAUUUGAUUUUGGACACUCCAAGACUCUAUUGAAGAUUAUAAUCUUCUAAAAAAAUCUCAUCAGGAGCCGCGACGCGACCGCAAACGCUUUGUAGAGAAUCGAAAUUUUCAAUUCUAAAAAUCCCUUUGUCUAGGCACUCCCAUGAACCGUCAGUAGCCUUGAACUUGUCGGAAGUUUUUUUCUUCCUCUCGAAACCUGCCCCCGAUGUUUUUCUUCCGUUCUGCAAAGGAUCUUUUCUCGCGUCCGCAGAGUGUUUUCUUCCGUUUCGGUAAAGAUAAAAUAGAGAACGGAAGCAAAAAAAAAAACUGUAUUUAUCCAUCAAACGGUCCUCUUUGAAAAAAAGCAGCUUUUCCGAGAGAUGCCCCAUCAAAAAGCAACGAGGCAUCGCUGCUGCAACGAGGAACCAAUCGCUAAGCGAUCGACGAUCAGAUAUUCUGUAAAUAACGUUGUUAACAGAGAGGAACCAGAGCUGUUGUUGAUGUCUCGUCGUACAAUUCUUUUCUAUACCGCUUUUUCGACGGUUUGAAAAAGUUUCAAAAGAAAAUCUUCGUGAAAAAAGUUUCUGAAGGCUUGAAAGGCUUGCCAGAUGAUCUGAAAGACAAAUUUGAAGGCCAGAAGUUUUCUCAAGGCUUCUUAGAUUUCCUAGGGCUUUAUCGCGUUGUCCAUUACCCUGAAUGACUUUUUGAGUCUUGGUGAAUUUUCCAGGUCCCUAAUAAGUUUUGUAAAAGGCAAAAUCGAACCAAUCGACACCAAAACUACCUUUUGCAAGAAAAUGGAUUUUUUUUAAUUUUUGAAAAGCUUUGAAGGCAGUUCGAAAACCUCUAUAGUAGCCACUUCAGUAGUUCGCAUCCAGUAUUCCUUCCAGUAACUCUGAUAAUUUUAAAACAAACAGAUUGGACCAGUUAUGUUGAUCCAUUGACCCCUUAAGUGGCCACUAAAAUUUUUAGUGGUCUAGUAGUAGCACUUAGACCUCUAUAGUGGUCACUAAUUUUGAACCCCGUGAUUGGCCACUAAUUUGACUGCUAUAGUGGCCGCUAAAGCGUCGAAACCCUAUAGUGCCCACUAAAAAUUUUCCAAAAAAAUCUCCGAUCCUAAAAGUACGACCCCAGGCAAAAAUCAGAUCAAAUGGCACCCCUACAAAGUCCCCUCUUCAACCUGAAACCUCGAUAAUUGGAACCGACAUGGCCUGAUUGUUCAACUCGUCCUGCAAAAUAACUGAUAAUCGAUGAACCGAAAUGACCAUCACACAGUGACCCAAUGCUCGGCGAGGCUGUUGAUCACGUAGGCGGCCGCGGAGGAUCAAAGUCUAUCUGUUCAGCAGCUUUUUACUGGAGGAAAACAGUUGUGAUGGUCAGUUUUUUGGUGAUCAGUGAGGAGUUUGCUGGAAGCUUCUAUUUAUGGCGGGAGUGAUGAAAUGAUAAAAGUAUUCGGUCCGUCUAAAAUAGUUACGGUAGCUCCAUGGGUUUUGCAGUUAUCAAGAUGAAACUUGGAGGGUAUUUGAAGAAGAAAGUCUUCAGAUUCCUGAUUUUAGUUCAGAAUGGACAUCUGGACGGUUUUUUCCAUAGGAAGCUUGAAACAUAUGAUGGUUUUAGUGUAAAUUUGAAGCCUAUUGGAUUGAAAAAAUUCAAGAUUUUCUUUUUUUAACUUACCAGUUGGAUUUGGAAAAUAGUCCUUUCAUGGCAUUUUUAAAAUAUCAAUCGGCCGUUCUGUCUCAACUUUUGAAUAAAAAAAGAGGAAUUUUGAAGCUUUUUUUGCUCUGAUUCUGAAAGAUUUUGAAUGGUUUGAAAAAAAUUUAUUUUCGAAUUUUUCGUAGGUAUAAAUAAAGACCCAAAAAGUCAAAUUUAUUGAUUUUUUUGAAGAAGUUGUUCUUUGAAGCUGAAUUUUUUUCUGAAUCAGUUUUUUUGAAAAAAAAUUCAAUUUUUUUCUUUGUGGCAAAUUGCAUGUGAUCACUGAACUUUGUUAUUUCAUGGACAAGUGCGUGAUUUCCAGAAACAAAUAUGAGAAUUCAAAUUUCCGAAGAUCAUCAUUUGAUGAAGAAAUUCUAGCUUUUGAACAUUUUUUUAGUGAUUUCUUAUCAUUUUUAUCACUAGCUGGAAGAGUGAUGAAAUUUUUCGGAAUGAUAAUUUUUCGUUUUUCUUUUUUUGGAAAGUAGCUUUGAAAAAAUGUAUAGAGCUUAUUUUUUUGAAGGUCCAUUAUAAAAAAAGGUCGAGGUCAGAAGAAAACAGGUUUUUUUAGUUAUUUGAAAAGUUCUUUAGUUCAUUUAAGGACUAUUUUGUGGAGAACAACAGGAAAAGUACUUUUGUAAUGGUUGAUGGAGGUUUUAAAUGGAAUUUAUUUAGUUAUUGAUUUUUUUUAAUGGUAGAGAAGGUUCAAAAUGAACUGAUUUUUUUUACUUUCAAAAUUUUUGACCUGAAGAGUCAUUUUUUUGGAGUAUUUUUGACAUUUAUUUCCGAAAAUUCAGUAAAAAAAAUAAUUUAGUGAAGUUUGGUACUGGAAGAACAGGAACUAUUUUAAAAUUCAGUGCAUUUCUCGUUUUUGAAAACUUGUCUUGAUAGACUAUAAGUUCAACGUCUCUUUGCCACACAACAAUCACAAAGCCAAGGUACAACCAUCAACAACACUAUAGGGAACACUUCUCGUCUCUUAUCUCUAAAUUGUUCGCGAACAGUCCCUCGGAAAGGGCACAGAUCGUUGUCGGUGUGGACAUUGGAAAAAAGAAAAAGAAAACAUGUACAAACAGAGGUUGAUCUUCGGUGGAUAGGCCUCUCGCUGUGUGGCGGGCAUCAACGAAACAAGAAUAUAGAUGUGAAAGCGUGUGUUUCUUCACUUGACGCGCUGACAGCUGGGCUUCACGCGGUGUUCUCAAAGAGAAACUGACUGCCAGGACGAGGAAUCGAUGAGCAGUUGGAACAGUUGGAAAGAAGUGGUCAAAGGAGGAAAAAUGGCCUCCUAAUAUACCUGGAUAACUGAGCUUGUUCGCCCCAUGGAUAAUUUUUCAAAAACAUGAAAAGAGCCAAGGAGUCGACGAGCAGUUGAAGAAACGGUUGGGAAGAAAUGGUUAGAAAAAAGAAAGGAGGAAAAAAGGGCCUCCUAAUUUACCUGGAUUAAUGAACAUGUUCGCCCCAUGGAUAACUUUCCAAAAAAGCAAAAGAAUCAAGAAAUCAAAGAGCAGUUGGAACAGUUGGGAAACUAAGGGUGUUCCAGAGGAGAAAUCGGUAAAAUGGCCUCUUGAAAUAUCUACUAAACUGAACUUAUGCGCUCCACGGAUAACUUUAACCCCAAAAAUUGAUGAUCAUUUGAAGUAAAAGUUUGGAAAUAUUGGACUUUUCGGAGUUAAAUCCAAUAAAAAUUUUGAAAAAUCCAGCAAAAAGGCCUUUUUUUUCGAAUCAUCACGCUUGAAGUUGAAAAAUGCUCAAAAUACGAAGUUCAGUUAUUAUUUUAGCCUCGAAAAAAGAGCCAUGUCAAACUGGAUUUUAUGAAAUGGCCAAUAAAAAUUGAGCCUUGACCGAAAAAAGUAAUCGAGUUUCCAAAAAAGUCUCUGAAGUUACUGUAAGAAGAAAACGGCCAACACCUCCACACUACCGGCUUUAUGGGCUCAAUCAAUCAUUUAUUCAUUUCUGAAUACUUUCUUCAGGGCCUUUUAGACCGCUCCGUUUUCAAUUUUGGGUCAAAGUUCUGAGAUAAAGUCAUUAAUUAAGGAUGUUAUCUUAAAAAAAUUAACUUUUCUGAAAGUAUACUUCAUCUCAAUUUCCUUCCCCCCUGUUCUUUUUUGACAGUCCGAUUAUGCUUUGCAAAAUUCUUCCAAAAACCUGCAAAAAAUAUUAUUCUGUUAUUGUUACACAGUCCAAGAAACCAUGGGAAACAGUGUCGAAAACUUGUAAAUUGUUUGCUCCGUGCCACCGAAAUAGAAGCAGAAAGUUCACACGUGUUUCUUGAUCGACAGUACGAUAAUUGGAUUCUGAGUACAGUGCUCCUUCUGGGAUACAACGUUGUUUUUCAUGUUUCGAUGAUUUUUUGCGCAAAGAAGAGCAAAGAAACAAGGAUUUUGUACGAUGAAAUUGAGAGGAUUUUCGAAAAAUUGAAAAAUGGGUAGAAGAUUCGGUUCAACUCAAGUUUAUAAGCUUGGAAUUUUGAAGAGAUUCAUGAAAUAUUAUCUUGAACUCAUAAAUUCGGCUGAAAAGAUAGAAAUAAAAUCGGAAAAUUCAUUUAAACUUGAAAAAAAAAUUUGAAAAGGAAAGUGGCUUUUUCUGCAACGGAAAAUGUGCUCCACUGAUAAAUUAUCUUAAAUUUCGCAACAGUGGCAUGAAAAAUGAGGCUGAGUUUGUAUUGAACCUGCUCUAUCAAGAGGAUCGAUACUUAUUGAUUUUUUUAUUGAAACGGCUCGUUUGAAGCCUGAAAUGCGCUCCAUUGAGAAAACGGCUCUUUUAGGCUUGAAGUUCGCUCCACGGAGAAAAAAAUGUCACUUUUUUUGAAAGUAACUAUUUUUAAGCUAGAAUUUACCUAUCUCGAAGGUUCUCUAGGUAAAAGUUUGUAGGUUUGAGUUUGCGGAGGGCAAAUAUUUGCAAGAGUGACCAAGCUACAUACAAAUUUUGUACAUUCCGCGGUAGCUUGGACAAUUUUACGCUUGGAUUCUAGUGAUUUUUUUAAAAAUUAAAACUGAUUCUUUUUCAAAAAAAUUUGAGAUGAGAAUGGGGUGGUAUUUGGAGGCAAGAAUGUUGUAAAAAAGUUUUUUUUACUACGAAAUUUGUAAAUUUUCCUUUUUUUUUGGAGGUUUUGAGAUUUUUUUAAUGUUUUAUCAUCAAAUUUUGAACUUUCAGGUUACUACCUAUGCUCAAAUCGAUGAGAAGGGAGGCCAGAAGUUGCGCGGCUUUCCAUCUGACCAUGGAGGCGACCAUCAAGAAGGAUCAGAAUAAACUGGACGUUUUUGAGGUGUGUUUUUUUUUUCUUUAUUCAUUUCUCAUCGAUUUUCUGGGUACCUGAAAAGAGAGUUUUUACAAAAAAAGGCCGAAAAAUAGAGGGAACUUGCGCUCCACGGAUAAAAUAGCGUUUCUAGACGAAUUUUCGACUUUUCACCACUUUUCUUGUAGAAAAAUUUGGUCCGACUUAAAUUAUCAAUGGAGCGCACUUGAAGACAAAUUUCCGAUUUUUUAAAGACUCACCUCUCAGGUACCCAACAUUCAUUGCUCAUGCUUGCCAAUAUUUUCAAAUUCCAUUCAUUUUUCUUCUUCCUUUUCUGUGUCCUUCUCAGUCACGAUGCGUCAUCAACCAAUACUGAUUCAUGGCUAUUUUCAAACAAUAUAACAUAAAAAAAGGAGAAAAAACCAUUGUCUUGAUGAUAAUCUGAACGGUAGCUCUGCGUGUAGGUGGACGACGGAAAUGUCAAUAGAGCGCAAAUAACUUGAUAAAUUAAUAUAAAGGUGGCUAUUUUGUGUGGGUUCUAGUAAAUGUAGCUUUGUGGGUGGAUGGACGGAUUAAUUUUUGGCGAAUUUAAAGUUUCAAAAUUUCAAAGUUGUCUUGAUUUAGCUUCUGCAUUUAUUGUACACGGUUUUAGAUGAAAUUUUGCAUUUUUUUGAAUUUAUUUUAUUGCUCAUCUUAGCGAGAAUUCUGGAAAUUUUCUUCGAGCUCUUCUUGGAUCCAAGAAUUGACCUCAAAAGGAUCUGAGAUCUCAAAAAUUGAAUUUAAAGGGUGUAGGUAUCUUUAAUUUUACCAAAAAAGCCCAAUUUCGAAGCUCCUAAUCAACAGUCAUCACCCCCAAAAAAGGCUCGAAAACCCUGACCACACCCAAUAAUGUCAGCAUCACACCUUAUUUCGUCUCUGCUUGCGGAAAAAAGCAACUUUAACAUCCUAGUGAUAAGAAUCAAAUCGCUUUUCUUAUCAAACCGGGCAUCGAAAAAGGCUAUCAAAUUUUUGUGCGUAGACACUUAAAAUCAUCAUCAUCAUCAUCAUCGUGGCGCCGAAAAAGGACCUCGAAAAUCGUGUGAUAAGGUUGCUCCAUCGAUAACGAUGUCGAUAUGGAUGAUCGCGCCAUUUUCUCAUCAUGCAAGCUUUCUCAGAAAGUAAAAUUUUAUGAUGGUUUACUAUUUUUGGUAUUCAAAUCAAAUAAACAGCCGACUGGCUCCGAAAUUCGUCAUUUCCUGGAAAAAAACAGUAAACUUUCUCAUUGAUAAUUGUUUUUUUGAAUUUUUCAACUAUGAGGUGUUCUUGUUGUCUACCAUUUUGAGACGAAAAAAGAUAUUUUUCAAGUGGUCACUUAAAGGUUGAAAGCUCCUAAAAUGAUUUCGUGCAGCUGAAAAUGGCCAAGUUUAAUCACAGAAACUCUGGAAAUGAUUAUUUCGAAUGAAAAAAGGAUCAUAGACUUUUUAAAAUUUUGUAGUGAAUAUUCUUCAUUUCUUUGAUUAGUCAGAUUGAAUUUUCGUAGUCUAUUCUGUUCGUUCAGACUGUUUGCGCGAGGCUUCUCUUUUUCAAACUGGGAAAUUUUAAGUUCUGAUUGGAAUUUGAGGUUUGAAAAAAUAAUUUAUGAAGCUUGAAGAGUUUUUUUGGACCCAAAACAUUGGAAAUGAAUGUAAAAACCCUCAGAAGUAGCUUGAAAUAAAAAAUCUCGAAAAAGUUCAUAAAAGGCCUUCAAAGUAGCCUAAGAAUGGCUCAACGCAUAACGGCUUCUUUAGAGCUCGCCCGACCUGAAACGGUUUACGCGAAGGUAUCGAAAAGCACUACAGCGAGUGCUGAAUGGCUAACUUCAACCGCAACACUCGACCGUGACGCUUUGAGCAAUUCAAAAAGCGACCGAGUUGGUUAAACGCGUAACGGCUGCAAAGCGGUUUCUUUGAAGCUCGCCCGACCAGAAACGGUUCACGCGAAGGAAUCAAAAAGCACUAGAGCAAGUGCUAAAUGGUUAACUUCAACCGCAACGCGCGACCGCGACGCUUUGAGCAAUUCAAAAAUGCGACCGAGUCAUCAUUAUUCAAAUCCACCGAAAAAAGGUGUGAUUUUUGCUCCAAAACUAGUCUCAACAAUGACGCCGUCACGCUUUUCCGAGAACCGACGGAAUCCUCGGAAAGUUCCCCAGAAUCCAGAAAGCACACCUGAACAUGACGCAACGAGGCCAUUUUCUCGUAUAUUUGUACAGAGAACAGUCCAUCUUUGUUGCCGAAACGUUUCGCAAUAUUGCCUUUGAGUGACCCUUUUUUGGUCACUUUUCUACGCGCAUGGUGGUCUGUGUUGUGACUGGUACCCAACAAGUUUUCGAGACCUGGUGUUUGGCAAACUUUUUUGAUAGGAUCGGAAGUACUUCGGCCUAGGAUUUUCGACACGGUUCCUCGAAUUUCUAAGAAAGUAUACCCAAUUCAAGACGGCCAAUUUUUAAAAAAAGAAUAUUUCUCACUCUGUUUUGAAACUAUAUUCUUUCCAUCGACUACUUUUUUGGAAAACCAUAAUUUUUGAACCCAAUGGAAGCUUUUUUCGGAUCGGGUACCAUUCCUGAAUGGUUAGCGCCACUCUCUGGGUGGUCGUGACGUCACGAGCGUCCGACCUCAGCCUGGUAGCCUGAGCCGGGUUUUUCCGAGGCUGAUGGUCUUUCCAAACUUCGCGCAGCCUUAGUUAUGGUCAAUAAGAACUUUCCAGAACUCUGCCCCAACUUUUUCCAUCAAAACACGAUCAUUUUUGAAUACAGAUCAGAUAAUACUAGCCACACCCUCGAGGUCGUGACGUCACGAGCGUCUGACCUCAGCCUGGUACCCUGAGCCGGGUUUUUCCGAGGAUAAUGGUCUUUUCAAACCUCGCGCAGAUCAAUUUGUGCCAAAUAUGAUCUUUCUAAAAAAUGCGAUCAUUUUGAAUACGGAUCAGAUAAGAAUAUAGCCACACCCUCGAGGUCGUGACGUCACGAGCGUCUGACCUCAGCCCGGUAGCCGAGCCAGCGUGUUGCGUCAACUCACAGAGAUCUGGCCUGUCGGUCAUUUUCAAAUCUCGCGCAGCUCUAGUCAUGCCUAACGAGGUCUUCUGUUGACGCAACUCGUCGGCUCGGCUACCAGGCUGAGGUCAGACCGCCCGUGACGUCACGGCCUCCCAGGGGAGUGGCGCUAACCGUAUACGGUGUCAGGAGCAAAUAGUAUCUGAUCCAAAAAAAAGCCGCGUUUGAAUGAGACUUUAAAGGAGCAGAGGAAAAGUUCCUUAAGGGUAUCGAAGCGAAAAUCAGUCUUGAUCGAGGCUCUGCUUCUUUAAAUACUGGUGUCAGAUUCGAUUCAAAAAGAAGCGAAUUUUAAUGGAAGUUUAAAGGAGCAUAGUAAAGAUUCUCCGGAAAAUGUUGAGGUUGAAAAAUUGUAACUGUGGGCUUCUGGAAGCCUUUGAUUUCUUACGUGAAAGGAAGAAUCUUUGGAGCUUCUACUCUCUUGAAAAGCCUCGAGAAGUCGAAAAUCAACUUGGAAAAGCCCGUGCCACGUGGAGGCUAUGAUAAACAACACAACAACCAGUUGUUCUUCUUUUUUUGGACUCAACAAGUUUAUUUUUAAAAAAUAGCCGAGGUAAAACAGCAUCCUUUUUUUUAAAUUCUUCGAGGCUAAUUUUUCCUAUUAAGUUUUGGAUACCUAUAGAAGGCUUUUUGAAUUUUUAUGAUUUUUUUGAAGUAUUUUUAUUGAGAAUCUUUUCUUUCCAAUUUCCGCCAUUUUUCGCGGCUCAAAAUUGCAUCACUCUCCCCGUGUCCAGCUGCGUUUUCCCUCACGGCUCGGCUAUUUUUUCGGCGGCUAUUAUUCUUAGCCGCGACCGAGAAUUGCAUCAUCCUGUCGCGGACAGAUCGGCCGGAGCAGCGGGGUGCAGGACCGAGGGAGAUUUUCGAACGGAUCUUUUUACCGCUGAAAGUACUGUAUUUCAUCCUUUGAGCUGUUUUUUGAGGCUAUUUUUUUCAAACCUUCUUUUUUGUAUGGAAUUUGAUAACGGUGAGGCUAUUUUUCGCUUUUGCGAUUUCUUGGCAGCCAUAAUUUUUCUUAACCCCUUCGCUAUAUCUUGAAUUUUGUCCGAAGCUAUUUCUUGAGGCUAUUUCUUGCAAUGUAACUUUUUUCUCCAUAAAUCGUUCUCGGCUAUUUUUCUCAGCCGCGGCUCAGACCGGAGCUGUCCAGGAAGGAAGGCUGAUUUUUUGGAACGGGUCUUUUUACCUCUAAAAGUACUGUAUUUCAUCCUUCGAGCUGUUUUUUGAGGCUAUUUUUCGUUGCAAAUAUUGGCCUUGGCAUUUUCUUGGCAGCUAUUUUCUUCUGUAAAUCUGUUAGAACUCUUCCUUUGAUCUUUUUGAAUGAUUUUUCCCGAAGCUAUUUCUAGUGGCUAUUUAUUUCGUUGUGGCUUUUUUCUCCAUAAAUCUUUCUCGGCUAUUCUUCUCAGCCGCGGCUCAGAUCGGAGCUGCCCAGGAAGGAAGGCUGAUUUUUUGGAACGGAUCUGUUUACCGCGCACACACUCACACACGCACACACAACACAGCAGCAGGUCAGGCCUCCUCGUGUUGAUGGGAGGAGCGCCAGAUUGUGGGGCGGGCCUUAGGCGCGCCGCCCCUCGACAAAUCAGUCUGCAACACACGCAUUGCAUUGCCUUGCGUUCACUAUCAACACAAAGACUAUAUUAUCAAUCGAGAAGUUUUGUCCACGCAAACGAUGGUUUCUCCAAACGCCAACUUCAAUCCGGUCAUACUACCGCUUCAAUCAGAAGUCCUGAAAACGGCGAUCCCCUCGCCGACCCGGCCACUCCUUCAAGUGUCGCCGUACUCCCAGUCCGUCGUCGUCGGCUGUGCUUCCCCCACGCCGCCACCGACGCCACCCUCGCCUUCCAGGCCCACGGACCUCACCCAGCUCCCCUUUUUAAUUCCAUCUGCCACGACCUCCUUCGCUGCUAUUCCCAGCUCCUCAAUGACCCUACCGACGACGCCGCUGAAGACGUCCCUGAAAAAAUUACCCUCUAAAACGGCCCUCAUUAUUAGGCCCAACGUUAUCUCCAAGGAAAAGACGGUAACGAUGGAACGGUUCAAGAGGUCCAGGACCAGACGAUUCUUCCAUCCCUAUGCUAAGGUACCUUUUUUUGGGUCUUUAUACAUCUGAAGAUAGCCGGAAUUGGAUUUAGGACAUUUUUUGAGCCGCAGCUAUUUAAAAAAAAAUUAUUUUUGGGACAGUUUUGCGCUUUUUCUCAAACGAAUUUCGGCUAUUUUAUUUCUUUAUUCCUCAUCUUGAAAGUCUUUCAUUGGCUGCAAGCUCAUUAUUGGAAUUUUCGAGCCGCGGCUGUUUUUUCUCAUUUCUCGGGUCUUCUUCAUCCUUUUUUUCUGCCUUUUCUCAGAGCCGCGGCUGAUUUUUAUAUUUUUUUAAAGUCUUUUUUGAUGAAUUUCUAUCAACGAUCCUUAUUUUUCAUUUUUCGGGUCCUCCGGUUUUUCUUUCUACUUCCUUAUCUUCAUUUCUUGAUUUCAAAUGAAACGAUCCAUUGAUUUUUGUCACAAAAUCGUCAAAAAUUAGCAAAAAGGCAGCUUUUACCGAUUUUCCAUCAAGGAGGUUGUCCGUUCCUCACUUCUACUUCCUUAUCUUCACUUUUCGGUUUCAAAUCACACGAUCUAUCGAUUUUUGGUUCAAAACCCUGAGCCAAACAGGUCGAAAAAGGCUAAAAUGCAGAAGGAAAAAAAAAAAUCACUUCCUUAUCUCACUUUACGGUUUCAAACCACAUGACCUCACGAUUCUUUUUGCCACAAAUCCUGAGUCAAACAGGUCGAAAAUGGCUGAAAAAUAGGACAAGGGACCAGGGACCGCGCAGCUGUUUCCCCCCUUCUUUUUGCUCACUCUUACGUCUCAUAGAUCGGUCCCGACAAAUUUGUUGUUUUUUCCCUCUUUUUCUCUCUGCCACCCUCUCAUUUUCGCGUACUCUCUUUCUCCGCAUUCAUUGGUUUUCUCUCCUCUCUCUCUCUAUUUUUCAGCUCUUUGGGGUCUUUCCCAAAAACCUCCAUAAACAUGCUUUUUGGAAUGGGAUUGAGUGAACUUUUUAACCGGGAGAUGAAAAAUUUGAGACGAUUUUUCAACUUUUUCAAAGAUGAAUUUGAAAUCUUUAAGAUCUAUAUUUUUUUAAUCGGAAAAUUUCUAAACAACGCAGAUUUUUGGCAGUUUUGAAAGAGAAAAAGCUCAGAAAAGGUCGUUUUUUCAAAAAUUUCCGAGCUUGAAUUUCUGGUUUUUCAAAAUUUAAUCGAAUUUUCACAUUAAAAAAAGAAAAUUUUUCAUUUUUUUUUUCGAAUUUUUUGGUCAAAAAUCAUAAUGAUUUUUUUGUAGUAUUAUCGAUUCCAUAUUCAUUCGAAUCUCAAAAACUGUACGAUUUUUCAAAAAUUCCAUCAAAACCCCUUUAAAAAGAAGAAGAUUGAUCCCUUAGAUGAUCGCUUAUAAAAUAAUAUUUGGGCCCUUCCUUUCUGUAUACUGUUUACACACACUUAAUAUGCAUAAUCUGACGAAAAUCAUAUACAGUUCCCUCAAGUGAUCCCUUAGGUGAUCUCUUAAAAAAAAGAAAAGAAAAAGCUUGCAUUUUCUUGCCUUGUUGUCUUGUUUUUUUGCUCUUUCACUUGAGGGAAUUCAAGGCAGAAGUGUCAACAACUUGGGGGAAAAGUCCUGGAUUCUGAGGAUUUUGAAAGGUUUUUGAUUGGAUUUCAGUUUUUGGAACAUCAAGAUCAAUAUUGAUUUUUGAAUUUUUUGUUCUGAAUUUUGAGUAUGAUUGAUUUUUUUUUGGCUCUUUUGAUCACUGUCUUUCAUUUAAUGGCUUUAAGUCUAAUAUUCAAAUAUAGAUACUCGUAAAAUUAGGAAAAAAAAACCAUUCCGAACCGUGCAAACUCAGAAAAAAGUUCUGCAAUUUCUCGCUAACAUGAGCAACACGUUAUCACUUUGAUUUUUGCCCAGCCUGAUGCAAUUCAACCCUUUUAUCUCUGAAAAUAGCCACGAAAAGUUUCGAAAUCUAUUAUUUGACUAGAAGGUACAGGUCAAGGCAGACACCCUCUAUUGACCGACAGUCUUAGGGAACGACAAGAGAUGACUCAUUUUUCACUUCAAAUCUCCUUCUUUUCUCGGAAAAGUUGACGAAAAACCGGAUCCCCACUGUGAGAUCGAAUGAAAGAAAGGCCGCCCCCGGAAACGGCUUUGGCCUUGGCUUUUGUGGAAUUUUAUGCGAAGAUAAAUGGCCCAGGUGAUUAAUUGAUAGAUAAGUUGGACGCACUCUUUGGACCUGAUUUAUGAGUAUUUUCCGUAACAUGAGCAAUAGUGAAUUAUUUUCCGUAACAUGAGCAACAGUGAAAUAUUUCUUUGGCGAAGCUCCGAGCUUUUCACUUUCUGCAUUACUCGAACCAUCUUCCUGUCAUAGUCUGCUAACCUGAGCAACACGAGAAAUUCAAAUUUCUUCUCGUUCACACCUCUCCGGCUAAUUACCUGGUAGACGAGGCUCGCGCAAAAACAAAAAAUUUGGCGCGCGCGCGCGUUUGCCUACGUCAUCAAAAGUGGGCGGAGCCGAGGGGUCACAUUGCGAAACGCGCGCCAACUCGACAGUCGCCAGAGAUGGGACAAGUUCAAACCGGCGCAGGUCGGGUGCUCUCCAACUUUUGAUUUUUGAGUUAGUUUUUGAACUGAAUGCUGUUUGAUCUAAGGCUUUUCUUGACCUCCUAUUUUUCUCACAGAUCAUUUCGAUUUUCAACAUUUGAUCUGGACACUGUUUGGUCUCUCUCCUCCUAAUUUGAUCUCUCUUUCCUGGUUGUUUGAUCUCGGAACUUUGCAGGAGAUCGGCGCGAUACAAGCGUUGAAGGAAGUCGCCUCGUCGCCGGACGAGGUCGCCGCCAAAUUCGCUUCCGAGGCGUUGACCGUCAUCGGUGAGGAGGUACCCUACAAGCUCGCCCAGAAAGUUCCCAGCUGGACGGCCAACGACGUUCAGUACUGGGUGACGAAGGUGAGGAGAUUGCUUUGGCUUUAGGGUCGGGAAGUACGGUUAGAAUGACCUAAUGACUCUGAAACUAAGAUUUAGUAUGGCUAGAGCCGGUAGAGAGAGAUAGUUUCAGAACAGCUAUAGUCCACCUAAGCCUGAUUUAAAGCUCGAAUUUUGGCUUUGAGCUCAGAAACUAGUACCGUUACUAAGCAUCAGAAGUAUGGCUAAAACCUCUUGAAACUCAUUUUCUUGAUUCAGAUUGGCUUCGAAGACUACGUCGGGCAGUUCGCCAAGCACAUGGUCGACGGUGACCUCCUCCUGCACCUCUCGGAGCACGACCUUCAUAACGACAUUGGCAUGACCUCCGGUCUGCAGAAGAAGCGGUUCAUGAGGGAGCUGGAAAGCCUGAAAAUCGCUGCUGACUACUCAGCCGUCGACGAGUCCAACCUCGACCAGUUCCUCAUGUCCUUGAGCCCGGAACUUUCCGUCUACACCUACCAGAUGCUCUCCAAUGGCGUCAAUCGGUCAUUGCUGUCCUCCCUGACCGACGAUCUGAUGCAGAACGCGUGCGGCAUCACGAACCCCAUCCACCGACUUAAGUUGACCCAAGCCUUCCAAGACGCCAAGCAUCCUGAUGACGUCGAAGUCGCCAUGCUCAGCAAGCAGAUCGACGUCUUCAUCAGCUACCGCCGAAGCACCGGAAAUCAGCUCGCGAGCCUAAUCAAGGUCCUGCUCCAGCUCCGCGGCUACAAGGUCUUCAUCGAUGUCGACAAGCUCUACGCCGGCAAGUUCGACUCGUCGCUCCUCAAGAACAUCCAGGCCGCCAAGCACUUCAUCCUGGUCUUGACCCCGAACUCUCUGGAUCGACUCCUGAAUGAUGACAACUGCGAAGACUGGGUCCACAAGGAGCUCAAGUGCGCCUUCGAGUAUCAGAAGAACAUCAUCCCGAUCUUCGACACGGCUUUCGAGUUCCCAUCCAAGGAGGACCAGAUCCCCAGCGAUAUCCGGAACAUCACCAAGUACAAUGGUGUCAAGUGAGUUUUCUUGGGAUUUUCUCGGACUUUUUUCGAAUUGAGAUUUUUGGGUGUCUUUUUUCUUGUAAGCAAUUCUAACUUCGGACGUCAAGAUCAUUUUUUGGGGUCUCUAGAGAUUUUGAGGCUCUGUAGCUUUACUAGACUAACUUCUUUUCUACGAAAGGGAAUUCCUGGACCUCAGGAACAGUUUGAAUCCAAAAAACUCAGUCUGAAAGAAAGCCGAAAUUAAAAUCGUUAUUCUAAGCCUCAGUCCGAACUGUCUUCUGAUCUUCAGAUGGGUACACGACUACCAAGACGCCUGCAUGGCCAAAGUAGUCCGAUUCAUCGAAGGCGAACUCAACCGAGGCACGCCGACGACCAAAGAACCGACGAGCACCGUCGUUCGGAAGACCACCACGACGACCUCCCAACGAUGGAACGCCUCCGCCUUGAGGCCCAACACCAACGCCCAUCGGACCGUUUCCAAUCGGAUGGAGCCGCCCACCCCUACUUGUAAGCUUUUUGUGGUUUUCAGGACCUGGGGGCUACGGAAAAACUAGGAAAAGCUUAGAAAAGCUUAGAAAAGUUUCUACAAGAUUCUAGUGGAUUCUGAAGAUGUUUAUUAGGAUCUCAAAGCUCUGAAGAAGUUGAGGAAAUAGUGAAUACCUUCGUAUCGAUUUUAGAAGCUCAGAAAGGUCCCAGAGAAGUCGAAAAAGUGUAUUUUUUGAACUCUGAGGCUUGAGAGGUUUUUAGAGGUACCAAAAAAUCUUAGAUACCCAACAAAAAUUGUGAUAAAUGUAGCAGAAGCUCCAAAAGGGGUUAGGGCAGUCAUUUAAAAGCUUUAAGAGGGGUUAGGGCAGUCAUUUACAAGCUUUAAGAGGGGUUAGGGUAGUCCAGAAGUCUAAAGUAGGUUUUUGAAGACCAGGAAAUCUUUUUCUUUGAACAAAACCUUCGUAAUGAUUUAAAAAGCUCAGGAAGGUCCCAGAGAAGCCGAAAAAGUGUAUUUUUCAAACUCUGAGACUUGAGAGGGUCUUAGAGAUACCAAAAAAUCUUAAGUAAACCGUCAAAUAUUGUGAAACAUACUUGGAAAAUGUGACAGAAGCUACAAAAGGGGUUAGGGUAGUCUAGAAGUCUAAAGCUGGUGAUUGAAGACCAGGGAAUUUUAGUCAACUCAGUUUUUUAAAAAGAAGUUCAAACUCUAAAGUCUCAAACUAAUCCGAUCAAUUUUCAGUCACGCCCUCGUCAUCCCAAGAGAAAAAUCGCCGAAAGCUCUACCAAACGUCGGUGUCAACAGUGUCGGAUCGGAUGUGA